AUGCUCAUCACUAUAAUAGGCGCGGGAUGGAACGGCUGUCACUUAGCCUGUGAGCUCUCUGAACUUGGAUACCAAAUCAUUCUUAUAGAUCGUGAGAGCCAAAUCUUCGCCGGUACUUCUGGGUUAUUUGGCAUUCGUCUCCAUCGAGGAGCGACACUAAGAACAAAUAGCUUCGACCAUUUCCGCGAGAAAUACCGCGGCCUUGUUUUUGAACACGAGUUUUCAAUUUAUGCCAACGGACUUGUUGACUCAGAGAACUUCCCGUCCAAGGUCUCCGAUGAUACUUUUCACAAAGUUUGUAUGGAAUAUCGCGGAUGUAAAAAGGUCGACCCCGCUGUGCAUUGUUUAGACGGGAUAAGUUCCGCCUAUGAGCUUGAUGAACCGAGUGUUGCAAUCGGAUCAUGCGCGCGGAGCUGGUUUGAAAACAAACUGGAGAAGGCCAGGGUAUCUGUCAUCUUGGAUACAACUGUUUUACACAUUAAGCAAGCUGCUAUCCCCAACAAGACAAAGCCAACCAUCAGCAUCACCAUUCAACAAAAUAAGACUGCUGGUGAGAAGACGAAAGUAAGGCACUCCACCUUCCUAACCGAUGUCGCGAUAAAUUGCACUGGGUUCCACGAGUUCGUCCCUAAAGCCAUAUCCGAUCCUACAUCCCCCAUUUACUUUGAGUAUACAUACCAAGUAUGUCUGGCUCUAAGGUUCAGGGAUAAUAGGCCAACUUCCAAUAAACCCGUUUCGUUCACCUGUAUGGAUGGCUGGUUUCCGUGUCUUAUGCCUGCUAUAUCCGACACUAAAGACAGUAUGAAGCCCCAGCGAGACUACAUCCUUACUCACGGUGCCUAUACAAUCUUGGGCUCCUUUAGCACCUUAGACAAAGCCCAUCACCUUCUCUCCAACACGCUUACAGAUGAAAUUGUUGCAGCGAAUAUCUGUGGUCCGGCUGAAAGCGAGAUGCGGCGGUUCUGGCCUGAAUUCUCUUGUCGUUUUACCUAUGAAGGCUGGUAUGGCACUGUUCUGGCUAAACCAAAGUGCCCAACUGAAUUUCGGAGUGGCUUUACCUUCGAACACCAGGGUGUUAUCCAUGUUUUCCCCGGAAAGGUUAGCAAUGUCAUUGAUGUUUUCAAUGAAGUCAUAACCUUGUUACGAACGAAGGAUGUCACGAGUGUCUCGAGUGACCUCAUUUUACAAGACCGUGGAUUCCGUUUCCUUGCUGGCGGCGUUUUCCAUAACGGCCUAAGUGAGUUGCAAAAGAGAGCUCUGAAAAACGACCGCAGCACGAGCAGCUUGCAGACAUUGGACCGCAUUUUAGGACGUGUACAAGAAGAGUAG